UUACGAUUAAAAACACGAGCCGUAACCCAACCGGGUUAGUUGAUACGCAACAGCGAUAGCUGAAUGUUUUUAUAGGAUUUUUUUUUUCAAACGACGCAAUGACCAGUUCAGCUCUCAAACUGACACUACUAGUGGCGGUCCUCGCCGGAAGCACUGCCGAAGUGAACACAGACGACAUCACCUGUCACCCCACGGACACGCACUUUGUCGAUGAUCCCCGACAGUGCAACAAGUAUUUUACCUGCUAUCAAGGGGUCGCCUUCCCGAAGGUUUGUCCGCCGGGUUUCCGGUUUAUUGAGGCGCUGCAAGCCUGCUAUCAGGCUACGGUUGACGAGUGUUUCAACUGUCCGGACGAAGGUCUGCACUUUUUCGAACAUCCGGAAACGUGUAGAAAAUAUGUGCUGUGCUAUUCCGGGAAGCCAAACGUCAUGGAGUGCUCUGAGGGGAUGAUGUUCAACCCAGACGAGCAUCAGUGCGAUUUGGAGAGCAAUGUGGUGUGCAAUCGAAACGAAGGGGCGUGAAUGAAGCGGUGAAAUUGUUGUGUACGCUCGAAUAUAUAGGUGAAUUAGGAUUAGGAGUUGAAAUACAGAAUCAAAUGAAGUUAAGU